GUCAGAGAUCACAGACAUUCUUUACCGGCGUCUUUGGUUUACACUUCUCUCCCAAAUAUACUUUCAAUGGCACUCACUGCGGGGACAAGGAGCCUCUUUGUUGAGGGAAGAGUUGACCCUGGACAAAUUUAAGAAAAAGGAGAAGGAGGGCAGCCGCAGCACAUUUCUUCCCCCUUCACUUUUGUGGAAGAAUGGGGGCUGGAGCGCUGACCAUCUGUCACAACAAGACGGCGGUGCAGGUGAAGGAGGACAUGAAGAAGAUGGUCCAGAUGCCCAUGCUGAGACCCAAGUCGGUGGCGGCCAAGCACACCAAGCUGUUUGGGGCAUCUCUGUCAGAGCUGCAGGACAAGGGACUGAUGGAAGAUGGUGUGCCUCAGGUGUUGAGGAGGAUGGUGGAGCAUCUUCGCAAGAAUGCUUUGCAGCAGGAGGGUUUGUUCAGGGUGAACGGCAACGUCCGCAACGUGGAGGCCUUGAGACAGCGUCUGGAGAGCAAUGAAGACACGGACAUGAGUGACUCAGACACGUGCACAGUGGCCAGCUUGCUCAAGAAGUACUUAAGGGACCUGCCUCAGGGCCUGGUGGACUCUGCAGUCCAAAAGGCGCUGAUACUUCACUACCAAGAGUGUGGCGAUGAAGGCUCCUGCUCAGACCUGAGGGACCUGCUGAAGCAGCUACCAGAUGUCCACCACAGCCUGCUGCGUUAUUUGUGUCACUUCCUCACGCUGGUGGAGAGCAACCACAAGGAGAACCGCAUGACCGCACACAACCUUGCCACUGUGUUUGGACCCACCGUCUUCCACGUGGCUGCAGGGUUUGAGGCCAUGAACGACCAGAAUAUCUGCAACAAGAUCUUGGUGCAGCUUAUCCAGAACUACAGCAGCGUAUUUGAGACGGACAAAAAAAAGGAAGAUGAAGAGGUGGAGGAACUGCCAGAUGUCAUCCUGGUCAAGGUUUUAACAAAUGAGGCAGAACCUCAGAACCAAACCACAAGUGCACGGCCCCGGAAAAGGAAGGUGAAGAAAGCGACGACAAGUGCCUGCGUGUCCCCCCAGCCCACCUGCCCGGCGGGCCUGCCACCUCGAGGUGUGAGGCCUCUCGCCGUACCGUCAGAGGUGACAAGCACCAGCCACGAGGUUGUGGAGAUGGCUCCCCCGCCUCACAGAGACACCCCGAUGCCUGCCUGUUGCCACAGCAACCUGGAUGUCAGGCCCUUCUCCGUUGGCAGGGAACCUCUUGGCAGCUCUCAAGAUGACGAGAGACCGAUAUCGCCUUUCUACAUGAGUCCCCACUGCUCACCUGUGCUUCGCUCACCUGAAGUGAUAGACAUCCUGGACAGGACCAUACGUUCAACGGUGGAGCAGCACCUCUUCGACGGCGACCACGCCUCAAAUGGCGAUCAUUUGAACCCGAGGCAGAUGUCUCCGUGGUCCGCGCUGACUGCCAGACAGCGCCGGCAUCAUCGCAGAGAGCAGCAAGAGGACGGCUCGAGUCCCAGAGAAAGAAGCAGAGCUGACACCAACAAGGAGAACAUCCCAUCAUCAAGAGGCGGUAGGAGAAGCGCGGGGGUGGACUCCGUUGGCGGCGGCGGUGGCGUGGGCAUAGACUCACAGCCUGGCCAUAGCGCUCCGGUGGUGCGAGCGCCAAAAGCCAGGAAGUGGAAACACAACCCCACGCUGGUGCAGCUCAACCAGGACACCCACAGACUGAAGGAGGUCGGUGGCGUGUCAACCUUUGAGAGAACCAGGCCCGGCCACAUGGAGCCACUUAAGAAAAGGAAUCACGCUUCAAGAAAAGAUGACCUUCCUUCUCUCACACAGACGCUCAGGAUGAAGAUCCAGGAGUCGCCCGCCGUUUGCGACCCCAGGGUCGGCGGGGGCGGGGAGGUGCGGGCCUCAGGGCCCGAGCGGGACAAGGCGAGCUGCGAGGACGUACCCCGGCUGGACCUGACGGCGCUGAGUGAGGACAGCAGCAACUGGGGAGAACCGGUCCCGGCGUUCUCAUCCCUGCGGAGGGACAGCAUGGACCGCGAGGAGGCUCGUCUGUCGCCGCACGCCGGAGGCCUGCUGAUUCGUCAGCUGCUGGAGGAGGACAGCGACCCCAUGCUGUCCCCUCGCUUCUACGCCUAUGGGCAGUGCCAGCAGUAUCUGGACGACACCGAAGUGCCUCCGUCGCCGCCAAACGCCCACUCCUUCAUCAGUCGCAGGAGGAGUUCCUCUCUGGGUUCCUGUGACGACGAGAAGGAGGAGCUGACCACCGCCCAGCUCACCAAGAGGAUCCACGUCCUCAAGAAGAAGAUCCACAGGUUUGAAGAAAAGUUUGAAGAGGAGCGAAAAUACAGGCCUUCCCAUAGCGACAAAGCUGGAAACUCUGAGGUGCUCCGAUGGGUCAACGAACUGGCCAGGUUGCGCAAAGAACUGAAAGAACAAAAGCUGAUGAAGUCCGAGGAGGACCUUCCGCCUCUGACCCGCCAGCGCAGCAACACGCUGCCCAAGAGCUUCGGCUCACAACUGGAGAAGAAGCCCCAGCAGGAGAAGGUGCCCAAGCCCCCUGUGGAGAGCACGCUGGAGAGCAUCCUGAAGAAGCUGCAGGAGAAGCGCGAGGAGGUAAACCGCCCCGAGGACAUCAAGGACAUGACUCGGGAGCAGAUUGGAGCGGAGAAACUUGCCCUGCAGAAAGCUCUUCUCUACUACGAGAGCAUACAUGGACGACCUGUGACGAAGAGCGAGAGGCAGAUCAUGAAGCCGCUGUACGACAGAUACCGGCUGGUCAAGCAGAUUCUGUGCAGAGUCUCCACCAUCCCCGUCAUUGGCUCGCCCUCCAGCAAGCGCCGAGGUCCCCUCCUCCAGCCCAUUAUUGAGGGCGAAACCGCUCUCUUCUUCGAUGACGUCAAGGAGGAAGAAGAUGGAUCCGAGGACGACGGCGACACCAAGACACAGUUCUCCAUGAGCGCCAGGCCCGACCUGAGCAUGCUAAGCUUCCUGGGUCACGAGGAAGUGGACGGUUUCAUUUCCCCGGUGGACGAACUUUCACCUGGCAGCAACGCCACCACCGACAUGCGACUGUCCAACCUGCACUCGGCCACCACGCAAGAACUGGUGGAACAACUCCAGGAGACCCGAGAAGAGAAGAAAAGAAUCCGCAAGAACCUCAAAGAGUUUGAGGAGCAGUUCUUUCGGCAAAAUGGAAGAAACGUCCAGAAGGAGGACCGCUCGCCACUCGCUGUGGAGUACAACGAGUACAAACACAUCAAAGCCAAGCUGAGGCUGCUGGAAGUCCUCAUCAGCAAAAGAGACUCCACCAAGUUCAUCUAAGAACUUUAUUUAGAGACUUGGACCCCUGCUGAGGAGGAACCCCUCAAGGAACCAACAAUCACACUUCUUCUAAUCGCUACUUGUUUAUUUCUCUCCUUCAUUUCAAGAAGAAAACCGAGAAGUCACGAAACGAUUUUCAUACGGGAGACUUGUUCUGUUUGUCGUAAAUUCAUCGAAACCAUAAAUGAGAGUUAACAUCUGACCUCUUCAGAAGAAAACUGCUUUCUUGGCUGUUUCAAAACCACAAGAGUAGUAAGGGAGCCGCAAAAAAGUAUUUUAAGUCGUGCAAUUUCAUAAAAUAAUUAGUUGGGGCUGUACGAGGGGAAACAAUUGGGACAAAACAAACACCCAAGUUGAUACUGCAAAUAAUGUUGUCAUUUUACGACAAAACAAAAUAAAUGUAAUAUUUACAGAUCUCAUUUAUGUUAUGUUAUACUGGGCAAAUUGCGCAAAUUUGAAUUUUACGUGCUAAUUUUAGCUCAUUUAAUGUUGCAUAAAUGCUGUUGCACUUUUACCAAAACAAAGGCCAAAAUGUUGCCAUUAUUUGUGAAACGUUGUUUAAUAUUGUUCGACUAUCGUUUGAAAUGUUAUGUGGUAAAAAAAAAUAUAAUAUUGCCAGCGGUUGCAAAAGGAAACAUAAAAUCUUAUGUUGCAAAAUGUUGCAAGAAUUUGUGGAAAGCUAAUUUGGUGUUGUGCCACUGAAGUUGUCAUUUAUGUAGGAGAAAUAAAAACACGACAAGGUUUUGCAAGCUUAUAUUGCAUAAAUUAUGGCUAUUUUACGACUAAAAAAAGAUGUAAUAUUGCGAAAAUUUGCAAGACCUGCAUUUCGAACUAGCAAAUUAAGCUGUAAUAUUUAGAGAAUUUGUGAAACCUCAACCUUUGUGUUGUCAAAAGCUAAUUUUAUGUCGCACAAAUACAAUUUUACAAAAAAUGGCGAAUAAACCGCACUAGCUUUUGCAAGAGAAUAUAACGAGGAUUUGCAAGACCGAAGUUCAUAUUGCACAAAGUACGUUGCAAUAUGAUGCGGAAUAAGACAUACUGCUGUCAGGACCUGAGUGUAGACUUAUCACAUUUGUUGCAAUUUUAAGAGGAAAAAAAGACGUUAUGACAUGAGCGAGACCGAAAUUUAUGUGGCAAAUUAAUCUUCAAUUUUCAAAAAAAAAAAAAGGCGGGAUAUUGAAUUCUACUAUGAAUUUGGGACACCUAAUUUUGUGAAAGUAAAGAAAAGACGUACAUUUCGUGCACUUUACGAGACAAAAAUAGAUAAUAAGAGAAUUGCAAGGUCUAAAUUUAUUUGACACAAAUAAUGUUAGUUUUACCAGUAAAUCGUUGUAAUUUUGCAAGAAUUUGCGAGACUUAAAUUUUAACUUAACAACCUUUUCCAUUCUUCAAGUAACAAGUCUACUGUUUUCUCAAGUGUCGUAAUUUAACGUGUACGUUUUUUCUCGUAAAAAUACAAUACAACCAUUCAUGGAGUAUUCCGACUUUUUCCCCUCGCAAAAUUAGGAUUCUCAUAAUUCUGGUAAAUUGUAAAAUUCUGCAACUUGUGAUAUGGUUUUUGUCUCCAGCUCCAUUUUUCUUUAAAAAAAAAAAACAACAAAUCGUUUUUUGUGUGUUUCCGAUAAAACCCAAAAAUCAAAAAAAAUAAAUCAAAUAAAAAAUCCAAGCUACAUGCUUUUGAUUGGCAAGCAAAGUUGUCAAUGUGGCCCUGUGGUACUCUUUUGUGAAGUAGCAGCCAAAGCCUCAGCAUGUGUGUAUUUUAGUACCAUAGCAGAGUAUAUUUACUGAUUUUGGUGUACUUUCCUCAUGUCUGAGCUCCACGGAGUGACUGCUGUGCUUGCGUUGGUUCUGCCCAACGCUCACAUACUCAAAUUUGGAGUGAAAUGAUAGAGAAAUCUCUGAAUGUUUUUCCUCCAAUGUCUUGUUGUAAAUAUGUAUGUUUACAUUUCUGUGAGCAACUGUAUUAUUUUCCUCUUUCUCCAAAAUGGAUGGAUGAUAUAAUCAGUGUGAAUUUCGUUUUUAUUGAAUGCAAACACUGGCGAGGCGUGGUGGACUUGGGAGUGUGUACAUUUUAGUACAUAAAUUCUAUUUGUAUUUUGUAUAUAAUAUCAAUGAAAAGAUAUUUUUACUCA